AUUAUUUAAUAACAAAAAUUUAAAUAGAAUUUCUCUUUAAUAAAUGAAAAAUAGUUGGGCAAUUCGGAUUCUCCUAUAAAACUGUGAGUCUCGGCUUUUGGACUCUUCUGUGCUCCUCGUAGCUCCUCUGCUUCUCUCUCUUCUCUGUCUGUCUUCUCUCUCUUCUCUGUCUGUCUGUCUCUCUUCGAGAGUUUCCUUCUUCCUGAAUUUAUUCACUGAGAUAUCUGUUUUAGUUUUGGACUUCUGCUUCGCUUACAGUUAUUUUCCCAGAAAUUUAUCAUUUUUUUAGAUGCUUUUAUAUUUGCCAGUUCCUGUUCCUUCUUGGCAUUUGAUCAAUUUUUUGGGCACUAUUGUCUUUGUUAUUGUUGUUCGAGAUGCAUAAUUUGGUCAAGUACACAGAGCACCGGAACGUUACGAAUAAGCUCGUGAAAUCUCUUGCCAAACAGUUUCCGGUUCCCAAUGCCGAGAAACCAAAACUCGUUCGGAUCUCCGUCACGGAUGCCGAUGCUACUGACUCGUCGAGCGGUGAAGAGGAAGAUAAAAAGCCGUUUCGUCAGUACCGAGUGAAGAGACUCGUGAACGAGAUCAGAAUCCGUGAUUUCUCGCACUACGCGACCAUUAACGCAAAGCCACAGAAUGCAGAGCUGAAACAGAGGCCAAAGCAGCACAAAGAAGAAAAGAAUACUACUCCGGCGCCGGCACAGAAGCAGUUUGUGCAGGAUGUUAAGAGGUACCGAGGCGUUCGACAAAGGCCAUGGGGUAGAUGGGCGGCUGAGAUCAGAGACCCUCUCCGGCGGGCGAGGGUUUGGCUCGGGACAUACGACACAGCCGAAGAGGCAGCCAUGGUAUACGACAACGCCGCCAUUCGCAUCAGAGGUCCCGACGCUCUCACAAAUUUUGUCAAACCUCCAGUUUCACCUCCAACGCCUAAAGUUGAUACGGAGAGAAACUCAGUGAGCACUACUCCGGCGAGUUCUACUCAACGACCAGUUCAAGAAAGCAAGGAGGAUUGUGUGUGGUUGGAUCCACAAAUGUUGAAAGAUUUCGUACUUUUGGAUGAAAUGAUGGUGCCAGAAACAACAUAUUCAAGAGAAGAUUUAAUCGAUAUCUCAGUAGAUUUAGAAGAAGACUUGGGAUCUUAUAAAUGGGACGUGGAUGCAUACUUUUCGGGUUGAAAUCAAUAUGAUGUAAAAGAUAGCGUUGUCUUCUGUAGAUCAAAACCAUCACUACUCUAUCAUCAAUUUCUAUUGUAAAUACUAAAUAUGCAUCCCCAUUAGCUUUUGGAUUCUUAUUUCCAGCUCUUAUAAGUCUCUAGUCUUUAUCCUAAUUCUCAUUAUCA